AGUGUUACACCAAGCGGAAGUAAACAAAAAAAGCCUCCGAGCGUUAGCUCAGUGCAGAGUCUGAAUCAAGUGAUAUAUUAGUCCUCGUGCAGUUUAUUCAUGUGAAGCUAUAAUGUCUUCGGUGGAUUAUUUGAGACAGUUUGUCAGUGAGCGUCUAACUGCGGCCGCAGAGGAAAUAUUCGUCGUUUUUGAGAGAAUAAUCGUCGACUACGAGGGAGCGAUGGAUCGUCAGCGCAGGCUGCUGGAUGUCGUUUUAAACCCCGAAAUAAAGUUAAACAGGAUAGAGCUCCCACAGCAGCAUGUCAGUACAGAAGAGAGAGAAGAGGUUCCCACUGGCCCGCAGCCCUGUAACCAGGACAAGAGCUCUAGUCCACACCCAGGGGAACCUGAGCCCCCAGAGAUUAAAGAGGAGCAAGAAGAACACGAGGAAGAAGAGCAGGAGAAACACUGCAGCAGUCAGGAGGGAGAGCGGCUUGAACUGAAGCAGGAGAUUGAUAGCUUCGUUUUUAACCCUUCUUAUGAGGAAAGCGACCAAAGUGAACCAGAACUGAAUGCUUAUAACGAGGUUAUCUCCUCCAGCUCACAAGUCGCUGAGAGUCAAGAUCAGAAAGGAGACAAGUGUGGAGAGUUUGAAUCAGAAAGUAACGAAGAGCAACAACCAGAGACAAGCUUAGGUUACAGCUACAAUGAGUACAACCUUGACAUGUCUGAGAUUAACCCUGAUACCCACAUGGGUAAGAAGACUUUCCAAUGUGACACAUGUGAAAAAGAGUUUACCUGUAAAUCCAAAUUGCAGAGACACCAGAGAACCCACACAGGGGAGAAACCAUACCUGUGUAACACAUGCGGUAAAGGAUUCUGUGAUGUUUCAGUGUUGAGGAGGCACAUGAGUGUCCACACAGGGGAGAAGCCGUGCUUUUGCCCCACCUGUGGUAAAAGAUUCAGUGACCUCUCUGUGUUAAGAAGACACAUGAGUAUCCACACGGGUGAGAAGCCGUUUACCUGCAAGAUAUGUGGGAAAGAUUUCAGACUAAGCAGUGUCUUGAAAGUCCACAUGAGAACCCACACGGGGGAGAAGCCGCACAUUUGCAAGACCUGUGGUAAAAGGUUCUGCGAGCUCUCGGUUUUAGUGAAACACAUGCGAGUCCACACAGGUGAGAAGCCCUUUACCUGCAAAACAUGCGGGAAAGAUUUCAGACAGAGCAGUUACUUGAUAGUCCACAUGAGGACCCACACGGGAGAGAAACCAUACACUUGUAAGACCUGCGACAAAAGAUUCAGUGACAUUUCAGUGUUAAUCAGGCAUAUGAAAACCCACACAGGUGAGAAACCGCACCUCUGUAAGACCUGUGGUAAAUGCUUCAGUGACCUCUCCGUGUUAAAAACACACAUGAGUAUCCACACAGGUGAGAAGCCGUUCACAUGUCGAAUAUGUGGGAAAGAUUUUAGACUUCGGUGUGUUUUGAAAGUCCACAUGAGAACCCACACGGGUGAAAAACCGCACCUCUGCAAGACCUGCAGUAAAACAUUCAGUGAUCUCUCAGUACUGAGGAGGCACAUGAGUAUCCACACAGGGGAGAAGCCGUUUGUCUGCCAAAUAUGCGGGAGAGCUUUCCGACAUAACAGUUACCUGACAGUCCACAUGAGGACGCACUCAGAGGAGAGGCCGUUCGUCUGCAAGACAUGUGGAAGAGAUUUCAGACACAUGAAUUCCUUGGUGAACCACAUGAAAACACACACUGAGUAGAAGCAAUUGCACUGCAACAGCUGCAGAGGAGAUAAAGACUUUAAACACCGCCAACUGGUGUGACAACAAAGAUGAUGCACACACAAGAAGUGAGACGUUGGAUGCACAUUAGUGUGGGAAAGCUUUACUGAAGUUUGAAUAUUUCAACUAAUCAAGGACCAAUAAGAAGAGAUGAAGAGGAAAGCUGGAAGUCCUGUGUGGGAAUGUUCUCCCACUGAGUGAAAGACACUCGUGCAGUAGCUGAACUUUGUACUUUAAUGUGAAAUACACUACUGGUCAAAAGUUUUUGAACACCCCAAUUUUUCCACUUUUUUAUUGAAAUCCAAGCAGCUCACGUCCAUUGAAUAGCUUGAAAUGGUACAAAGGUAAGUGGUGAACUGCCAGAGGUAAAAAAAAAAAGGGUAAGAUCACCCAAAACUGAAAUAAUAAUGUUAAUUUCAGAAUUAUACGAAAAGGCCUUUUUCAGGGAACAAGAAAUGGGUCAAGCCUUGAAAGUUGGUGCUACCAAUUCUCACAGGUGUCCCAACUUUCCUUGAUUACUUCCAACCCCCUCUGUCUGCUGCUGUUGCCCCCCCCCAACAGCGGCAGAAGUAAUUCAGGGUUACCUCUCUUAUAGGUCAGGUCUUAAACUUGUUCUUUCAUUAAAUUUGCAUAAGUGACAGUGGUCACAUGAAGAAAGUUUUCUUUUGACUUUUUUGCAGGCUAGAUUAUUUAACUUAGGAUAUUACAGAAGCAAAAGUGUUAAAAGAGAGAAAUGUUGACAAUUUUAAAACCCUGAUACCGAUAUCUGAUCGAAUACAUGAAUUAUUUAAAGAUAGAUAGAUAAUCCCCCCCCCCCCCCCCCCCAUUUCUCUUGAGUCAAAGAAAAAAGGUAUUGUAAGUGAAGCAGUCCUGUGUGUUACUGUAAAGGUUUGAGUAUUUUUUUUAUCAAGCUAAAUCAUCUCAAUAUCACAAACUUGAUUAUUUGAUUUGAUGGAUGGAUGGAUGGAUGGAUGGAUGGAUGGAUGGAACACAAAGGCAUCCAGCUUGUACAUAAUCCAAGUUUAAUCUACUUUAAGAAAACCGUUUCACUAUAAAACAGACGCCUAUGACAAAUCAGCGGUAACAUGUGGACGUGUGUUCUGAAAUACAUAUUUUGCACUUACUAUGUGUUUGUGAUAUGAAGUCGAUAUCUAAAUGUAAAGUUUAUAUGACUGUAGUAGUUCAAGUUCUGUUAACAGUAUGUGUAUGACAAUCAUAAUCUAUGAAAUGGAUGAAUCCUGUACGUUUACAUUGAGUGAAAACAAUUGUCUGUCUUUAAACAUGAGCGGUUUGACAGUUAUAUAUUUAUUAUUCAUUCUACAGUUGAAGUUCACUUCAUCACAUGUUAGUGAAGUCGAUUUUUUAAAAGUUGUGCAUAUUAAAAACCUCUCAAUCAUCUUUGCAAGAAGUCAGAUUUUACAUUUGACUGCACUCUCGUGUAUAAAGGAUGGUCUGUUGAAUGUAAAUGUGCCUUCUUUUUGAUAUUUUUAUAAAGUAUUUAAGUAUUAUCUCUGAUCAACUUACUAAAAGCCAAAAUGGUGUGUUCAUUUCUUGAUUUAUGCAUUAAAACUAAAUGUUAAUAAAAGGAGUCGCCAGUUAUUAUUAAACAUUAAUAAGAGUUAAUAAUCUCAGUAUCAAAUAGCAUCAAAGCCAAAAUCACAGAGGGAGCUCCAAAACAAAAGUAACUAUGCUAAGAAUGUAUCCCAUGUGUGUGUUUAAAUAAAACAAUAAACAUAAAAAGAUAAUCAAAGUGUGA